AGCCAACUUCCAAACUGAAAUCGCCGAAGCAACAGAGCAACUACAAGUUCUUCUGAUUUUUUCUCCCCCAUGCAAAAUACUGAUAUAAGUAUCCUGAGAUCCCAUAGCCUUAAUAGAAACUGCGACAGCUCGAAACUGGGCGGCGCUUUUCGAUCAACCCGCAAAUCGCGUCGUUCUUGGCUUCCUCGACCAAAGUAGAAACAAAACAACCCUUCAGCAUCUUCCACGAGGAGCGCAGACCUAUGCUUCUUUACCAGUCUAUGCAUUCCUCCAUUUUCCAGCAUAAUGCUGAGAUCUCUCACUCAUUCGCACAGGAACAGAUACCUUUUUUGAUCAAUCCUCUGGUUUAAUCCCAUGCUCCUAGAUCCAUUGAUUCUUUGGAUUUCGUCCACACUUUUACACACCCGCUCAGCUCAGCACCUAAACUUGACGCCUUGUCUCGGGGGUUACCGCUAUGAGCGAUUCCAUGAAGGAAGUUGUCGAGACGCUCGACCCCGUCUCCCGACAUCUUAUCCCUCCCGAUAUUGCCUUAGGAACUCUAGUACCUCUCAAGACUAUUCUCGAGCUAAGAGAUAAUCUUUGUCUCGGCUUAGCCUAUGUCACCCGAGCUCCCAAUAAAGUUACUAAUGAUGUUGUUAAUAUUGCCCGAGCUCUAGCUGGUGAUGAUGCAGCUAAGAACCUCCCUCACCUGCGUCGGUGUGUUAAACCUGCCGACAUACCACCUCACCUCAAGACUCAGUUCAUGAAUGAAGGCAACGGGCGACAGGUCCAUCUCGGAAAAUCCAACUGGCUUUACAUCGUGCUUGGCCCUGAGAAUGAGAUGUCAUAUGAUGAAUUAGUGAAGGGUCUCUCCACCAUUGAUGACAUUAGGGAUGACAUCUUUGUGAGGACCAUUCCUGUUCCUUUAUUGGCACCCACCUCUCAGGUCCAGGCCAACAUGUGGUCACAGCAGUUCUGGCAGACUGUCUACAGGAAGAACAACCCUCUCGGCCCUCAUCCAAGUACUAUCUCUCGAACGGAGGCUGUCAUGUCCCGCGAUGCCUCUAUAUGGAUGAACUUGGCACACCAGGUCGCUAAAAAGUCACAGAGAGCUGGUUACGGCGAGCCUAUCGGUGCUGUUAUCGUUAAGCGUACGAUUCCUGGAAAGAUCGAUUCUGGAAAACAACCCGCACCCAAAGAAGGAACCGGAGAGUCCGAGGUUUCCAAUGGCGAGGGCACUGGACCCGAAGGUGACAACUGCAAUUCCCAAGCUCGAGCUGCCGGUGAGGUAAAGGGAACUACUCGCGAUGCUACUGGGGGACCUAAUGGCGUCAUAAGCGACGCCAAGCAAUCGGACGUCUCAAGCUUAGAAGCUCCCGCCCAGGACUCUACCAAACCAGAUUCUGAGGCACAAGAGACAACCGAGAUUGUUGCUAUCGCGGCCGAUGCUCGCUGGCAUCAAAUGGAGAGAACCGGACUUACCGGAAAUCCCAUGGCCCAUGCGGCUCUUAGGGCUAUUAGCAUGGUAGCACAGAAGCUAGUGAGGGCUGAAGAUCGACCCAAAUCAACACAGAAGGUUAUGGACUUUGAGGCUUUCCAAGACAAGCCUCUACUUAGUGACGAGCAGCUGGUGUUCGACGGAGAUCAUCCUUGCCCUGAUGGUUACCUCUGCCACGAGCUUGAGCUGUAUAUGACCCAUGAACCGUGCACAAUGUGUGCUAUGGCCAUUCUGCAUUCUCGAAUGGGCAGGAUAGUCUUUCGUCAUCGCAUGCCGCUAACAGGUGGUAUGAGCUCGGAGGAUCGAGGGUACGAUGCAUGCGCAGCCUCUGGUACUUGCGGGGGAGGCUCGUGUGGUGGAGGUCAAGGCCUCGGACUCCACUGGCGCAAGGAGUUGAACUGGACUCUCCUGGGCUGGGAAUGGGAAUCCGACAGUAUCGAGAAGUUGACAGUAGAUCCGCACCUACACGCAUAAGAGGUAUCCUUCAGUAACCCCCUUCCGCAUACAUGGAGUUUGGUUUUGAGGCAAGCAGAGGAAUUAGGUAGUCCCCUUGUCAGAAUUUGGCAUUACUGAAAGGCGCGGCGUCUUAUGGUUACAUGGUUAUGAAGGGAGCUACACUAAGGACAUGAUAUGUUCCCUUUUUAUUCAAGGCAUUUUAUGUAUAAGUUUGGGACACGAACCUGAUGACCACAGGCGAGAGAUUUGGACCAUCGAGAUUUGGACGAUGGAGGUGUCAAAGGAUUAUUCGUUGUAUGAUUAUUAUUCUCUUUUUGGGGGAGGGAGGCGAAGGGGGAGAAGGGACAGACGCUUGAUCGUAUUGUAUGUUAAGCUAUACCCAAUCGCAAGAUAUUGAUAUUAUUCUUUUAUUGAAAA